GUCGUGGCCGCGGCGGGCGGGCGAGUGUCGGGGCGGUGGCGAGCAGGGGAGGCGGGCACCGCGGGGCUCUUUGCUGAGGGGGUGUUUGUGCUUCUCCGAGUCUGUCUCCCCGCCCCCGUCUCUCCCGCCCGCCCCGCCGGGACCUCUCCUCUGCGGGCGGCAGCAGAGUCGCCUCAGGGCGGGCGGCAGCAGCGGUGCUGGUGGGGCGCUCGCGCCGUCCAGCCCGCUGGGAACAUGGCGACCGGCGGCUACCGCAGCGCCGGGGGCAGCACCACGGACUUUCUGGAGGAGUGGAAAGCCAAGCGGGAGAAGAUGCGGGCUAAGCAGGCGCCGCCGGUCCCGGUCCCGGCGGCGGCCGCCGGGGGGGAGGCCAGACCGGCGGGGGGCGCCUCGUCCGCCGAGCUGAACAACAACCUGCCCCCCGGGGGCCCGGCCGCCCCCUCCGACCGCGCGGCGCCCCCCGCCGGCGGGGCUGUCAACUGCGUCAGCCUCCCCAGCGCCGCCGUGGGCCGGGCCGCCCCCGCCAAGGAACCGCCGCCCCCGCCGGCCCUCGCCGGGGGUCGGGGGGCAGAGCUGGCCGCCAAGCCCCCUCCGGGCUCCCCCGAGGGAGAGGAGAAACUGGCCGCCAAGGUGAAGAGCUCGGGCCCCAGCGCCAGGAAGGGGAAGGGGCAGAUCGAGAAGAGGAAGCUGAGGGAGAAGAGGAGGUCGACAGGUGUGGUGAACAUCCCGGCCGCCGAGAGCCUUGAUGAAUAUGAUGAUGAUGAAGCAGGACAGAAGGAGCGAAAGAAGGAGGAUGCUAUUACCCAACAGAAUACAAUACAAAAUGAGAGUUCCAGCGCAGAGACCCCUGGCUCGUACUUACUACAGGACUCCUCCAGGAUGGUUUCAAGCAGGUAUAAAAGCACCGCUAAUGCACCAGAAGAUGAUGCUCCAAAUAGAUAUUCCCGAACAGACAGGACAACUUACAGCAGAUACAGCAGGGAUGCAAAUUCUUCUGGCAGUUCUGUACCAAAUAACGCAUUGGAAAAGCGGAUCGAGGAACUUGAAAGGGAACUUGCAAAGGAGAGACAGGAAAAUUCAAGGUUAAUGAAGAUGUCACAGGACAAGGAGGAACUAAUUGGAAAGCUGAAGGAAGAAAUUGAUUUAUUAAACAGAGACCUAGAUGAUAUAGAAGAUGAAAACGAACAAUUGAAGCAAGAAAAUAAAACCCUCUUAAAAGUUGUUGGACAGCUGACAAGGUAGAAGAUUCAAGCCUCAAUGAGGAAAGAUUUAAAAACUACUGAUUGAACGUUAAGGUCAAUAUAGUAAUACUUCCUGUGUUGCAGUAUGUUAUAAUAACUGUCUUUAUAUUUAUUGUUAGGAAACCAGAUGAAUGUUUAUUUUCGUAGUACUUUCUUCUUCAUUCAAUGAAAUGGCAUCAAAUUUGGAGUAUAUUUUUAGCUUUCUUUUCACAUAAGAAUAAUUAAAUUUUUUGCAUACUUCAAAAUACUGUAUUAAAAAAUAUUUGGGUUUUGUAUCUUCAGAUUACAUUUGGAUAAAUUACAGUAAUUUAGAAUUCAUAGCAGAAAGAUCACUUUCAGUCCAUGUGGGUGUAUAUUUUUGAAAUGAAUGGAAGCAAUACAUAUAAGCUUUGUUUACACAGAUCCAAAAUAUAUAUUUUGGGAAAUACUUCUUUUUUUUGUUUAAACAGCUGUAAAGUGGAUGCCUUAUUACUGAUGUAUAACAUUUUGCAGAUUGAUUACUUGCUCUAAAACUCUUGUAUGUUGAGGUUUUUUUACUGUAUCUGAAAGACUGACAAUAGUAGAGAGUAGCAUUUUUUUUUUUUCUGUGUAACAGUAUUCUGGCAGGAUGGGGAGGUUUUAUUAAAAAAAACAACCCAUAUACCAAAAAAAAAUAAAUCAGUAAAUCACCUGUGGUACCAGCAUUCAUGAGGUCUUAAAAUAAUUUUGAAAUUGUGCACUGCAGUUUAUUUUAAACCUUUUGUUUUAGCAAUGAAAUGCAUGUUUGCCAUCAGACAGUAAGUUUGUUUGCCGUGUUGAGAAUUGGAACAAAGCCUGGAGCUUUAAUUUUAGUAAAGACACCUUUGCAAUACUCUUCUACUUAAAGCUGUCAUCUUAACAUUUGUAGUGAUUAUAAGCAAUAUGAGUUUUUUUAUGUUUUCAUUUUUUAAGCUGGGUGAAAAAUUUUGUAUGUAACAAAGUAGACAGACAUACAAGUGAUUCAUGCCCUUUUGAAACAUCAAAUUGUUUAAAAAAAACCUUUUAUACUUGAUUUUAAACUAACCAGGUGUUUAAAAAGUGCCUCUUUAGAUAUUGCAAUCCAGUUAUGACUGUGUACUGAUUCUUCUAUAAGUAGACAGAAUUUCCAUUUGACAUUAACCACAGACCUCAAUUAACAGUUCUCUUCCCAAAGUUCUUGUUAGGCUAAAAUUUUAUGUACUUUAUUUCACCUUUAAUACAGCACAUUUUUUACUCCUGAUCAGAAUCAAUGUAUAUGUCAUUUGAGUCAGAACACUAGAAGCAAAAAACAUUUCAGAGUCUAGGCUUUUUUUUUUGGCUAUUUUGAAGUUUGGUGUAAGAAAGUUGCAUGCAUAUAGAUUUUUGUUACCUUAAAACUUAAAGGCAACUUUAAUAUAUAAUGUUCACCUUUUCAGAUCUGCAGAUUGUUUUAAUGAUGCAUAUUUAAUGACUGUAGGAUUUUCUUCAAUUUCAAAUCCAGGUAUUAUUGUUUCACCUUGGAUUGUUUCGGAUCUAGAAUAGGUUAUUUUGCAUUUCUGUAUUCUAAUGAGGAGGAAAUUGUAAAGCUUUAAAGUAUUUUUCAAGACACUUACAUUCCAGGAUGCCUUAAUGUUUUUCUUCACAGUGGAUGAAAUCCCAUGGGACACCAUUUAAAACCUUUACUCAGGGGUUUAAAUGAUACGGGGAGUUUGUAUAGACCCUCUGAACUAUGAUAUACACCAAUGAAUAUUGCUUUUAAUAUUAUUCAAACAGUAAGAAGUCCCUUAAUUUAUCAGUCUCAUGAAAUGAAAAAUGUAAUCAGUUGAGAUGUAUGCCUUCUGAAUAAAUAUGAAACUUUCUCUGGAAGAAGAUUGGAUUUCCUUCUCUGUCUACUAGGUAGGAAAUACACAUACCAGUCUGUGGCAUGGGAUGUCAGAUUUUUUGAAGCAUCACUAAGGAAUUAAUACAGAAUACACAGAUAUUAAUGUGAAGAUUUAAAUGAGCUAUUUAAUAAACUAUAUUUCACAUACAUUUUAAACCAAAGAACAACAGCAAAGAACAUAAGUAAGAGUUACUUGUCAUAUUAUCUCUUCUUGGUUUACCAGUAUAUUGGCUAAAAUUUAGGAGCAGAAACCCCAAAAUUAGGAUUUAUUUUUCAACAUGGACAUGUAGCUAGCUGAUGGGAAUAUUGGGCAGAAGUACUUCUGAUACCCUAGAUUGAGGAGGUACUGGCAAAAGAAAUUUCCAAGUAUUUGAAAACUUCAUACAAAACAUGUGAGCAAAGGAACUGUUGGGAACUCACAGACAGAAGUACGUCAGGAAGCUAUUGUUGUUUUGUAUUAUUAUAAAAAUGCAGAAUUCCUCAUGGUUUUAAAACUUCCCACAGAUUGUACCUUGAAGCAUAACACUUAUUCUAACAUGUUGGAAUGUUUAGAUGGCUUUUUGGGAAAAAGUAUGUCAGUACCAAUUCAUUAUCACUUACGUUAUCAGGCUCUUUGGAGAAGUUUAGUAGACUCUAGGAAAAAAGAUACAUUACGACCAAUCUAGUAAGUACUUGCCAUUAUCUUUUAAUUUAAGUAGGGUACCAUUAUACUCAAGUUCAAACAUGGAGUAAGUUUUUAUCUUAGGUGAUUUGAAGGUGUUAAAAUAGCUACCUUACCAGCACUGCACUAGCCUAUGUUCACGUCCUCACCAGUCCAAUACCUCAGUUGCUCUUAAUCGUGUGAUUUAGUGUUGGUGACUUUUACAAGGAAAUUCAAAAUUUCCUUUCCAAAAAAGGAAAAUGUAAAUAAAUAAAUGCCCAUGUUUAAGUUCAGUUUUACUUGAUAUGUAUAUUAACUGUCUGUAUUUGCAAAUGAGUGGGUUUUUUCUGUCUUUAAAGCAAAUUUUUUCAUAGUUAAUUACCGGAUUUGUAUUUCCAUAUUUGGAGACGAAUUACUUGUGUUAUAUUGCCUCUGAAUUUGAGAGAUAGAGUGCAAAACAAGGGUAACAAGAAAGAAAUCAGUGAUCUCCAAAGCCUGAAGUGUAACCUAAUUAUUCUUUUAUUCAGCUGUACUGAGAAUUAGCUGUGGAAACAUUUGUGAUUGGCGUAAGUACUAUGAAAGAUAUAGGGGGGUUAGUAUCCUGGAAGCAACUGAGUAAUGUACAUCAAAUCUCUUUGCAACUUGUCUGGUAUCAUUACAGCUUAGAAGCCUGCUACCAUAAGGUAGACCGAAAGGAAUAUUGGAGGUCCAAUUACUUUUUAACAUUUUGCUAGGAGAGUAGAGUUACAGUGAUUCCAGCUAUGUUAUUGUUUUCUGUAAGGUCACUGUGGCUAUUUCCAACUUGAAUUGAAACAAAUCAGUAUUAGUAGCCAAGAGGAAAGGUAAUUAUUGGGAAACAAAUACUUGAGUAAUAACUAUGGAUGCCAUUAACACAUGCCUGAGUGUCAGUAUUUCUUGGGCUUAGACCCUUUAUGUAGAUGUCAGUUGAUUUGGUCCAUUUGCAUCAGUAUUAAUGACCAUAAACAUCUGACAUUCUUAAUAAGAAACAUUUUAGUUGGAUAAAUUACCAUUGCAAGCCAUGACUUUAAAAACCCAGUAAUUCGUACUGGUGCCUGUAGCUGCUGAGACUGAGGAGCUAAGGAUUAUACUUUAAAGUUUUGUUAAAAAAGAAACAAAUUAAUUCUGGAUCUUCCAGUUUAAUUUGAUAUAGAAAGUCACUACAGAUCUGUUCCAUUCCAGUCACUCUGUUGUCAGUACCUGCAAAAGGUGUUAACACCAGCAUUUCCAUGUCAGUUAUUAAGCUUUUAUUUAGGACAAAAUAUAUCCAGGACAGAAAGGACUUUUGCAUAUUUUAGUAGCAUUCAUGAUCUAGUCUAGCAAAUAUCCAUCUAUCAUUUCUCCUUGUACUGUAACAGAUGUAAACUACCUUGUUCAUUUAACCCUUUUGCUUUUAUUUCUGGAUUUCUGGUGUAAUUGUUCUUGUUCAGGGCUAGUUAUGAUUUUUUUGUUCUGGAAAAUUUGUGUUAGUUGGGUUUUCCUCUGAAAAUAGUGUCAUAAUAAUGUGGAGUAAUUUUUUUAAAUACCCAUUUUAUGCAUUUAAAAGUUGAAGCAUAAUUAAACUAUAAAUAGCUAAAUAUCCAUUUUAGUUUUGAACAUUGACUAGUUGUGAUAUUAUUGGUGAUAUCAGAUUUAAAAUUAUGUUGAGAUUCUUGCCAUUGCAGGUAAAAGGUUCAUGUUUAGUCUAACAAUAAAGCCUGUGUGCCUUUGUCCAAAUAAAACAAAAAAUUAUUUUUAA